GUUUCGUACAAACCCCAUUAAAUUUCUCAUAAAUCUUCGCACCUUCCAUUUUCUCUCUAUCUCUAGAACCAUCAUCGUCUCUCGUUUCUCUAAAAGCGAAAGAAGAAGCUAAGAAGAAGAAGAAGAAGCACCCAAAACGAUGUCGUGGCAGCAGUACGUGGACGAGCACUUGAUGUGCGAUAUCGACGGCAACUCUCUCACCGCCGCCGCCAUCCUCGGCCAAGACGGCAGCGUCUGGUCUCAGAGCUCCAACUUCCCUCAGUUUAAGCCGGAAGAGAUUGCGGCCAUCAUGAAAGAUUUUGAUCAGCCCGGAACGCUUGCACCGACAGGUUUAUUUCUCGGUGGGACUAAAUAUAUGGUGAUUCAAGGUGAAGCAGGUGCCGUGAUUCGAGGAAAGAAGGGAUCUGGUGGUGUUACUGUUAAGAAGACCAAUCAGGCCUUGAUCAUUGGUAUAUAUGAUGAGCCCAUGACUCCUGGGCAGUGCAACAUGGUUGUUGAAAGGUUGGGUGAUUAUCUUGUUGAACAGGGUCUGUAAUUGCUCUGUUACUAUUUCAAGGAAGUAUGAUGAACUAGGUGUGAGAACAAAGUUGUUGCUGCUUGGAAUGUGUGAGCCAUUUGUUCUGGAUUGCCUUUGUGAAUGAUAGUGUCUUGAUUUUACAAUUUAUAAUUCUACACUGUUCUGCUAGCGUAUGUAAUUGAAUUUGUCUUCUUCGAGAUACCGUGAAUGUUAGACUAUGUAGUAAUUUGUUCCAUCAGAA